GCCUUGUCUCCUUCCCUCUGUCGUCAGCCCGUUUGAUGCCUAUCAAUUGACCCCGAUUCCUCCUCCUCGUCUCCUUUUCUUCCUCCUUGCAACAAUGUCGAGUUGGCAAUGGAUUGUCACCAGAAAGGAGAUCUCUGCCGCUCUUUUACACCCAGUCAUGGCGCUGUCCCCAUGACCACUAGGCCCUCAAAAAAAGUAGCAGAAGGAAACAGCGCCAACUGCUCCCCCUUCCCCACACUCCACACUCCACACUCCAUGUUCAAACCAGAAAAGCUUGAUGGGUUUUUAUUGAGAGCUCGUUAAUUAGCACACCCACAAAAGCAGAGAGAGAGGGGGAGGGGGAGCAGGGGAGGGGGAGCACACAAUAGAAACUGCCGUCUUCAAGGAGAGAGAGAGAGAGAGAGAGAGAGAGCCCACCCCCACCUCCUCCCCCAACUACUCGCCUGCUGGCCUUCCCUCCUCUCUCCCCCAACCCCCAUUGUGAUCCCCCCGGCGACCCGCCCGCCAUUAACUGCUUCUGCAACCCCCGCUUGGUUUAUUGGAGGAGUGGUUGGAUCAGCAGCUCGCCAAAAGGGCCUCCAACCAUCUACUCCCGCUGCUGACCCUGCGCCCUCUGCCCUGCCCGCCUUCCUUCUUUCUUUCUUUCUUUCUUUCGCGGGGAGCUGGUUCCGGCGGCGGCGGGAGAGAGAGGGAGAGGCGGACCAGGCCAUGGCCUGAUCUUCGGAGCGGUGGACUGGCGGCGGUUGGGGGUUCUUCUUCCGCGCUCGGGACCUGCUCGCGCAGCGUUUCUUGGAGGUGGCCGUGGCGUGGCGGGCUAGCCCUCGUCGUCGUCCGGGAUGGCCGCGUCGGCGUCGGUCAAGCUGGGAUCAAAGCCCGAUGCCUUCAGAAGGCAGGGACAGGCGUGGUUCUGCACAACAGGACUGCCCAGCGAUGUUACUGUUGAGGUUGGGAAUAUGUCCUUCCACCUUCAUAAGUUCCCUUUACUUUCCAAAAGUGCUGUUCUUGAACAGUUGAUUGAGGAGAGUUCAGACCAAGAAGAGUGCAUCAUCAAACUAAAUGAUAUCCCAGGGGGUGCAAAAUCAUUUGAGAUGGUGGCAAGAUUCUGCUAUGGAGUGAAAAUAGAACUUUCUUCUGCAAAUGUUGUCCACCUGCGUUGUGCCUCUGAGCAUCUUCAGAUGACUGAAGAAAUAUCUGAUGACAACUUGAUUGCACAGACAGAAAUGUUCCUUAACCAAGUGGUGCUUCGUAACUGGAAAGAUUCUUUAAAAGCGCUAGAAACAUGUGAUGACCUCCUCCCUCAUGCUGAAGAUCUUCACAUCGUGAAGAGAUGCAUCGAGUCAUUAGCAUCGAAAGCAACCACUGAUCCAAACCUGUUUGGGUGGCCGAUAAGGGAACAUGGCAUCAUGCAAAGCCCUGGUGGCAGUGUGCUGUGGAAUGGGAUCAGCACCGGUGCCAGGCCCAGAAACUUCAGUUCAGACUGGUGGUAUGAUGAUGUUUCGUCAUUGAGUUUUCCCAUGUACAAGAGAUUGCUAUCUGGUAUGGAGUCUCGACGCAUACGGCCUGAGAUCAUCGCUGGUUCUUUGGCAUACUAUGCGCGGAAGUAUAUCCCAGGACUCAGCAGGCGCAAUAGCAUGGGAGCAAUGCCCCUGGCUGGUACUCUUUCAGAUGUAGAACAGAGGAACUUGCUUGAGGAGAUCGACAGACUAUUGCCUCUUCAGAAGGGUUUGGUACCUACGAAACUCUUGCUCGGGCUGCUUCAAACAUCCAUGAUUCUGAAGACCAGCUCCACUUGCAUUGCCAACUUAGAGAAACGUGUUGGCAUGCAGCUUGACCAGGCCAGUCUGGAAGAUCUACUGCUGCCAAAUUACUCUUACACCAUGGAAACACUGUACAACGUCGAGUGCAUGCACAGGAUUGUUGAGCACUUUUUGGCAAUGGACCAAGCCAACGGUGGUUGCUCCCCGUGCAUCGAUGAUAUGAUGGCGUCCCCUUCUAUGAUACCAAUCACUGCUGUUGCCAAGUUACUUGAUGGCUAUCUUGCAGAGGUUGCACCGGAUGUCAAUCUGAAACCUCCGAAAUUCCAAGCUCUGGCAUCUGCUUUGCCUGAGUAUGCCCGGCCACUGGAUGAUGGCCUCUACCGUGCCAUCGAUGUGUACUUGAAGGCACAUUCCUGGCUAUCAGAAACCGAACGCGAGCAGCUAUGCCGGCUCAUGGACUGCCAGAAGCUGUCCCUGGAAGCGUGCACCCACGCCGCGCAGAACGAGAGGCUGCCGCUGCGCGUUGUCGUGCAAGUCCUCUUCUUCGAGCAGCUGCAGCUGAGGACCUCGAUCGCGGGGUGCCUGCUCGUGUCGGACAACCUGGAAGGGUCCUCCAGGCCGCUACGGAGCGGCGGCAUCGCGAUGUCCGGCGAGGCCGGGGGGUGGACCGCGGCGGUGAGGGAGAACCAGGUGCUGAAGGUGGGCAUGGACAACAUGAGGAUGCGGCUGGCGGAGCUGGAGAAGGAGUGCUCGGACAUGCGGCAGGAGAUCGAGAAGCUUGGUCGCGGCGGCAAGGGCGGCAGCGGCGGAGGAGGAGGGUGGGCGUCCCACGUCCCGAGGAGGUUCAGCCUGAAGAUGAAGCCGCAGAUGUGCAGCACCCAGGAGGGGUCGGUGAGCGAGCAGCAGAAGAGCAUGAGCGCCAAGCUCGACAAGCUGCAGGCCAAGCUGUCCAAGCAGAAGCGCCAGCUCUCCGCCGACGCCUGAAUGAAGCGCCGGACUCCUGUAAUUUUAAUCAACUUCCGUGUGCGUUAGUUUCUCCGUAGUCGUCGUUUAUAGGGUUACAUGUGCCAAGUGCAAGUGUUUUGGGUCCCUUGUGUGAACGUUUCUGGUGGUUUUCGGGCGUGUUGGUUGGCAGGAAUGGAAAUGUGUAGCGAGGUUUGAUGGUCUCUGUGUACUGAAGUAGUGGUACAAGUGGUCGUAGGUUUCAUACAGUAGUUGCGAGGACUCGAAUAAUACUAUCUAUGCACAUAUCUUUGGUUAA